CCUAGAAGACCGGACUCUACAAACAAUAGUAAUAGAUCAAAACCUCAACAAAAUGGAUCAUGGAAGAGAACAUUUGCUAGAGAAGGUGAUGCUGCUAAUGAUGAUGGAGAAGUAGAUGAACGUGAGCAGUGUAUUAUUUGUGCAAAUAAGAUUGUGAUUGCUGCAAAAUCAGCUUGUAACCAUACAACUUGUCAUGUUUGCACAUUCCGUCAAAGAGCUUUAUAUGAUAAGAAAUCAUGUUUGGUUUGUAGAACUGAGAAUGAAAAGUUGAUUUUCACUGAAGAGACUCAAAAACAGUUUGGUGAUUUUAGUAAUGGUGAUUUUGUCAAAUUCAAUGAAGAGUAUGGGGUUGAAUUUACGUCAUAUAAUGCCCAUGAUGUUACCUUAGAAUUGUUAAAUCAUAGAUGUUUGAUAUGUCAAGAGUUAUCUGAAAAUUUCCAAAAGUUGACAGAGCAUGUCAAGGAUGAACAUGAUAGAUAUUUCUGUACAAUUUGUUCUGCAAACAAGAAAGCAUUCCCACAAGAAUUCAAAUUAUACACUCAGAAACAAUUACAAAACCAUCAAAUAAGAGGUGAUGAAAAAGGUUUUGAUGGACAUCCUCUAUGUCGCUUCUGUAAAGGGAAAAGAUUUUAUUCUGAAGAUGAAUUGCUAAUACACAUGAGAGAACGCCAUGAAAAAUGUCAUGUUUGUGACCAAAUUGACCCAGCAAACCCACAAUAUUUCAAAAACUAUCCAUCUUUAGAAGACCAUUUCAGAAGUGAUCAUUUUAUUUGUAAUGUUCAAUCAUGUUUGGAUAAGAAAUUUGUUGUCUUUGCAGAUGAAUUGGAUUUGCAAGCUCAUAUGAUUGGUGAACAUGGUGGAACUUUUGGCUCAAGUUUUGUCGUUGGUGCCAAUUAUUCAAAUAACAAUAAUAAUAGAUUUCACUCACAAUUAUCAACGUUCCAUCCCGUCAAUAAUAAUAGAAACAAUUCCAACAAUCGUUCAAGUGAUUCAUCAGACCAGAAUGACUCUAUUGCUACAAAACGUAUGCGUUUAGAAGAAAGAGCAAGACAUUAUUUAAACUACUCUACAUCUGCAUUCCAAGAAUUUCAAAAUCUUACCAAGUCAUAUAAGGAUAAUCAAUUAACUGCACAACAAUUAUUUACAUCAUUCAAAUCAUUAUUCAAAGAAAACAAUGAAGAUGAUGUUUACCUUUUGUUAUUUGAAGUUUCUGAAUUAUUCCCGUCAAAAUCAUCACAAAAUGAAGACUUGGCUGUGAUGGUUAAAAAACAUGAACAAUCAACAAAAGAAGAACAUGAUUUUCCUGCAUUACCUGGAUCUUCAUCAACAAAUAUAUUCGGAGCAAGUUGGGGUAAUCCAUCCUCAAAGACUACUAAAAAGUCAAAGGCUAAAAAAAAUACAAUUGAUGAACAAUUCCCUGCAUUACCUUCAUCACAAUCAUCACAAACGUUCACACCUGUCAAUACAACAGUAAGGUAUAAAACCCUCACCAAACCAAAAUCAAAACCACAGGUUGUCUACAACAGUCAACCUUCAACUUAUGUCCCAAACUAUUUAGAUAGAAAACCUAAAUCAUCAUCA